UCUCCCUUGAUUUCAUUAAUACAAACAUUUUUCCUUCAUUAGCCAAUAAAAAAAAGAAAUCUGUCUGCAAUGAAGAUAAAAUCAAAGAUAUAUUUUGAUGAAGUAUGUAGAUCAAUUCACAUUUUUUUCUUAAUCGGAAAAAGAAAUCUUCAGAUUUUCUUCGAAUAUAUAUAAAUGUGAGAAAAAUAAUCAACUGUAUUUAAAUUGAGUAUUCAAUAUUUAUAAUUAAUACUCUCAGACAUACAGUAACACAUAUAUAUUCUUUUCUAUUUAGACAAAAGAUGGACAUGAAGAUAAACGAAUAUUACUUGAUACUAUUAAUAUUGUUGAAGAACUAAUCAAUGAUGUUAGUCAAGCAACAUCAGCACAAUUAUGUUGGAAUGUUAUUGCACGACUUGUUUAUACGAAUGAUGAACAAAAACAUUUAUUAAUUGAAAAACAAACAAGAAUUUUAUGUCAAGGCGAACUUAAAAAUAAUCGUGGUCAUAAAUUAUAUGUAUUUUUAUUUGACGAAAUUCUUGUAUUUACACGUAUUGCAACACGAAAUGGGAUAAAAUCUUAUCAAUUAACAAAUUAUCCUAUUCCGGUUUUAUCAUUACUUGUUGAAGAUAUUGAAGAUGGCGUUAAAAUCCCUGAGUUAUCAUCAGGUAGUUUUUCACGUACAUUGGCUGGAUCGAAGCCUGCUCGUAAUGUAUUUCGCUGUUCGUCCUUGUCAUCAAUAGAUAAUAAUAAUAGUCGAAAUACAUCGAUCUUAUUACAAGCUCGCGAUAUGUAUGAUAAACAACAAUGGCUUAAUUUAGAUAUGUCAUCAUCAUACAAAUUAACUUAUUUUGCUGGUCGUGGGUUAGCUGAAACAUCACGUAUGUUAUUUAAAGCUGCUGGUCAAGAAUUUGAAGACUAUCGUUAUCCAAUAACAAUGAAAGAUGGUCAAUUCAAUCGACCUGAAUGGGAUGCAGAUAAAUCCAAAUAUACAUAUGAAAAAAUUCCAGUACUUGAAAUUGAUGGUGGAAAACAUACAAUCGCACAAUCAAAAGCAAUCGAACGAUUUUUAGCCCGUCGAUUCAAUAUGUUAGGUAGUAAUGAUGUUGAAGCUGCCAUCAUAGAGGCAGCUGGUGAACAAAUUGGUGAUGUUAAACAAGCCUAUAACAAAGCUAAACCAGAAGGUGCUGAUGCUGUUAAAAAGUUUUUUGAAGGUGAU